GGCUGAGUGAAGAGAACGAGCUUUCUCUAGAAGUGGACGGCUAGCAGAGCGGCUUACAGCGCAUGCGCCUCGGGGACCGAACUCCUCUCUGCCGCGUCUCGAGCUGAAGCCAACGCUGCCUGUCGCGCCUCGCGGGCACUGGAGGGGAGGGGCCGUCCCGCGGGCGCCGGCAGGAGUUGGGGGGCGGCGCCGUCGCGGGGGCGCUUUGCGGAGGGGUCUGUCCUGCUGAGCAGCCGCUAUGUCUGGCGUGGGGGCAGGCUCCUGUGGGGGCUCGGGCCCCGGGGCCUGUGGCGGGGCAGCGGCGGCGGCCUCCUCCUCGUCCUCCUCUUCCCCUGGCGGAGGAGGGCUGUCGAUGUUCCGGUGGCUGGAGGUGCUGGAGAAGGAGUUUGACAAGGCCUUCGUGGACGUGGACCUGCUGCUGGGCGAGGUCGACCCCGACCAGGCGGACAUCACCUACGAGGGGAGGCAGAAGAUGACCAGCCUGAGCUCCUGCUUCGCCCAGCUUUGCCACAAGGCGCAGACCGUCUCCCAGAUCAACCACAAGUUGGAGGCACAGCUGGUGGAUCUGAAAUCGGAACUGACAGAAACACGGGCUGAAAAAGCAGUGUUGGAAAAAGAGGUGCAUGAUCAACUAUUGCAACUUCAUGCCAUUCAGCUUCAGCUCCAUGCCAAAACUGGUCAGAAUGUUGACUCGGGGGCAAUAAAGGCAAAGUUGUCUGUCCCUUCUGUGGAGGAUAUGGAAAGAGAAUUGGAAGCCAGCAAGAAAGAAAAAGUGAAAGAAGCUCAACUUGAAGCUGAGGUGAAGCUGCUUAGGAAGGAAAAUGAGGCACUUCGUCGACACAUAGCAGUGCUCCAGGCUGAAGUAUAUGGGGCAAGGCUUGCAGCCAAAUACUUAGAUAAAGAGCUAGCUGGAAGGGUCCAGCAAAUUCAGUUGCUUGGCAGAGAUAUGAAAGGGCCUGCUCAUGAUAAACUCUGGAACCAGCUAGAAGCUGAAAUCCAUCUGCACCGACACAAAACUGUGAUCAGAGCCUGUCGUGGCCGUAAUGACCUAAAACGACCAAUGCAAGCACCCCCAGGACAUGAUCCAGAUUCCUUAAAGAAGAGUCAAGGUGUCGGUCCAAUCAGAAAAGUUCUCUUGGUUAAAGAAGAUCAUGAAGGACUGGGCAUUUCGAUUACAGGUGGAAAGGAACAUGGAGUUCCCAUCCUAAUAUCUGAAAUUCACCCGGGUCAGCCUGCUGAUCGAUGUGGAGGUCUGCACGUUGGAGAUGCCAUUCUGGCAGUAAAUGGAGUUAAUUUGAGAGAUGCUAAACACAAAGAAGCUGUAACUAUUCUUUCUCAACAGAGAGGGGAAAUUGAAUUUGAAGUUGUGUAUGUUGCUCCCGAAGUAGACUCGGAUGAUGAAAAUGUAGAAUAUGAAGAUGAGAGUGGGCAUCGUUAUCGUUUGUAUCUUGAUGAACUGGAGGAAGGUGGAAAUUCUGCUUCCUGUAGAAAAGAUGGAAGUGGAGAUGGCAAAUCAGUACAAGUGUUUGAUAAGAAAGCAAGUAUUGAUGGUCAUGAAAAUGGAGACCUAGGGAAUUCAAUUGAACCUGAAGAGACUGUAUCUAAAAUUGCUCAGUCUGCUGAGAGCCUAGCCUAAAAACAAACAAAAAGUCAACCCCCAAAUCAUCAGUGUUUCAAGACGGGUUGUGUAGAUUGUUCUACGUUCUAAAUGCCGCCGUAAGUUUAAAAGGAGGACUAUUAAAAGGUAAAGAGAAGCUGUGUUACUAUUGCCUGAAAAAGAUUGUUCUGUUAGUUACCUCAGGGCUUCAUUGUGAGCAGAUUUAAAUGUGUAAAUCUCUUUUUUCCUAAGAAGUUGCAUGUCAAAUGCAUUUCCUUUGAAAUUAUAAGCACCAAAGCAUGUUGAUUCCAAAGGCUUUUUAAAAUUCAACGUGGGGUUUUGUUUGUGAUAAAAGGUAUGGAAUGAUGCAGAAAAAAGACAGUAUUCUGGUUUCUCAGACAAUUCGAAUAAGGAGAAAAUUGACAUUUCACUAGCUAUUUGCUAGUGAAAUAGCCUUCAACUGUCACAUAUAAGGAGAACAUGAAUUACCACUAGUAUGUUCCUAAUUGCUGUUAGGUAGUUUAAGUGCAUCUUGUAAAAAAGAUGAAUAAUAAAAAGUCAUUUCAGGUAUUUCCCUUUAUAAAAAAUAAGCUUUGCUUUCAAACAUACACAUGCAAAACUCAAGCUGUUAUGAUAAGAAGUUUAAUCUCUGAAUUGGAUCUCAGUGGUCCAUUUAUUCAUGAGAUCUUUUCAGCACUAUUGCAUUAUUUAAUGCAGUAUACCUAUUCUGUUAAUCUGUUUCUUGCCAAUCAAUGCUGGAUUUGAAAUAUUUCCCAAGGUUAUUAAACAAAAUACUGUUACUUAUUUUUAAAUGCAAAAUAAGUGUAAAUUUGGCCGGAUGGAAUUAUGUCUGCCCUUGAGUAUGGUAUGUUGGCCUCAACUGGUGUCAUUGGGUAGUUGCCAUUCUGUCAGAGUUAAGAUGGAUUCAGAUAGCUGUUCUCCUACUGCACAGUGUGUAUUAUAGUCAUCACACAGCAUCAUCUGUAUGAGCCUGGUUGUUUGAAGAGAAUCAGUACUUGGGACUCCAAGACUUGUGACAAUCUGCAAAGAUCUGGCUCAUUCAAAGCAUGUACAUCAUACACGGUGUCUCUUCCAACAACUUGGUUUCACAUAUAUCCUGUCCAUGUUAUGGUGACUGUGGAGGUGCUGUGCAUUGGGGCAGAAAUGUCUGUUCCCCCUGAAUGCAUAAUUUUACAUUUUUAGCAAGUUCUUUAUAAGCAUGAUUUUAUGAGGUGUGCUGAGUAUGGCAAUUUGUCCUUUUCUCUUAGCAUCCUCUGUGAGAGCAGCAGAUUCUUAUGAGUCUUUUAGCAUGGCAGAAUUUUAGUUUUUGGGUGCACACUGUGACAUUGGAUCUCAGGCUCAGUGCUCAUCUGAUUGCUUCAGCAUGUGUUCAGAGUAGCUUGUUCUAUCUGUUUUUUGAAGAUUUCUGGCAGUGUGGUGAGACUAGUUGAAGUGAUUGACCACUCACAGGAUAUUCAAUGCUUUGAACUCCUCCACAAUGGCUCUUAACACAUGAAGUGCCAGAUGUCAGUUGGCUCUGGACAUGUAGUUAGCCAAGUGCUACCACUCUUGAGAAAGUUGCGUAUAGUAGCUCUUGGCUCCUCAUGUGACAGGAGCCUAUAGGUCACAAACACUCAGUGCAGUUAGAGCUCUUAUGGUAGUGAUGAUGAUUUUAAACCAUAAAUUCAGUGCUUGCUGUGCCCUUAGUAAUGUACGCCAUGCUAUGUGAAGAGAGUCAUGUGUACUGAAAGGUGAGUGUAUCCUGUAUUUUGCUAAGAGAUACUCAGAACUAUGCAGGAUCAGGCACAAAAUCUGUUGCAGUAUAGCUGCCCUAGUAAUUUACAGAACUAUAUUUUUGUUUUAAAAACAAGUAUCCAAAAGUUGUAUAAUGGAUAUACAACUGAAGACCCAAGGCAUUUUUAGAAUACAUCGAUAUUAAGGAUGGCUGUCUUGGCUGGGUUCUUUUACUGUUUGUUUGUGUGUUGGUAUGUAUAGAUAUUUUAUAAAUUUAUACAAUAUAUAGAUUUAUAAAAUAUAUUCUUAGUAGAACGCACACUCUCCAUAUACAAACAGUUAACUAUGUAAUAACUUUUAUUAUGAUAGGAUAAAGCAUGAAAUGCCUGUUUUCCAUUCACUGUUCUGCAGGCCAUUAAACUGUAAUGUGUAAAGAUGUAUUUUGAGAGUGAAAAUAAUGUAAAAUGACAUCUUUGUAAGUGUUUUUCUAGAAUGUACAUAAAUUGAGAAAAAGUCAAAGGCCUUUAGAGUAAUGUCAGUUAACCUAAUGUUUAAUGUUUAAAACUUUGUGUUGUAAAACACAGCUAAACUUGUCUCUCCUAGGUGCACUAUAUAUAUGUUUAUAGAGAUCUUUAAAAUGUAAAUACUUUAUGCAAAGAUUUUGCUAUUUAUAAAUUCUUUAACUGUUGUUCAUAAAAUAAUUUUUGUGUCAUUCUACUCAUUUGCUCAGAGAACUGUUUUUAUUUGCAGUAAUUUUUAAUAGCUGCUCCUUUAAUAUUGUACAUUACAGUAAUCUUACCUAUACUGCUUCCCAGCAAAACUGAGUAUUUGAAGCAACCAAUGGAUUCAGAAAGAACUCAUUGCCCAUUACUCAUGACUGCAUCUUGGCCUGAUGCUGUUAAUCUGUGCAUGACAUUUUUGAUGUAUUUUUGCAAACAAAUAUUCACUGUUUAAUGUCUUUUCCAGGUAUCUUUUUUUAAAAAAUGCUGUAGGACAUGUAAAAUCAUUCUUGUAUGUUGUUUGCAUCAAGUCGUUUGUGAGAAAGGGUAGUCUCCCAGUGGGAUUUGCAUAGGAGCACAAUACUCUUUAUUUACACAGCUCCUGUUUGUGGGGGCAUGUGCUGAAGAAGUGUCUGAUGCUUCUUUGAAAAAUAAUAAUAAACCUUUUGGUUCUCUCUCUAUUUGACACUAAUUCUUAAGAUAUUGCAUUUUAAUCUGUUGAAAGAAGUUGUAUUCCAGGAAUUCUACAUAUGGAUUAUGUGUCACUCUUUGCUCUCAUCUCAAAAGCUUGUUCUCUUCCACUUGAUAAACUUUUGUUCCUUCAAAAACACAGAAGUCACUUCUUCUGCAUUGUCACCAUGGCAUUUGAAGAACUGCACCAGUUAGCAAAAUUGAGCCCCUGUUGAAAACUGUCGGUACCACUCAGUUCUCCAUGUAACAGUGUUGCUGUAAUCAAAUCAUUGGCUUAUAAUCGGCAUUGACAAAUAGCAGCAGAGAGGCCCUUUCCUCCAGCAUACCCUCUACUAUUGCUUUCACUGGAAAGCCCUGAGCUAAGCUUUUGCUAUGUUUCUCUGAUGCUACUGUGAAUGAAUCGGAUUGCAAUGCAACUUGAUAAAACCACACAUACCUGUCAUAUAUGCCUGCUAGACUGGCAAUAGUGCUAUGUUGGUUUUUCUCAGUCAUGCUUUGUAACAUGUGUCUGUUUCUCCUUUGCCAAUAAUGGAAAUACUUGUUUUACUGCUUCUAAAGAUUGAAUGAAUUAGAGUUGAGGAGCUUCCAGGAAAACUCAGUAUUCUUUUUUCAAUAUUAUGGAGUGUAUCAUAAAACAAGUUUUAACAUAUAUGUUAAAUAUAUUUCCCGGUGACCAUUACAUUAUUUAUGGAAUUCCAUGCAGUUUUUAAGAUUGGCAGAAGCUAAUUGAGACCAUUGCAACAUUGGAAAACUAGAUUUCAGAUGUCUGAUAUAAACAACUAAAUGUUGAUGAAAAGUGAUCCUGAAUCUGGAGUUGGCAUUUCAUAUAAUAGAAAUGCAUUUUCUCCAUUUCAGUUAUUUGUGUUUUGCUCAAAGCUUGUCAUAGACAUUCUAAAGGACAUGUAUGUUGUUAAAUAUCCAGAUCUUGUUUGUAUAAUCCUUGCAAAUAAUUUUCUGUUUUAUGUUGGUCUCAGACUUGCAGGAGAUGUAAUAAUUUUGCAGCAUAAUUGAGUUUGAUAUAUAUUUUUAAUUAGCCUAUAAAUAAAGAAGGUUGCAUCACUA